UAUUCCGUUGAAAUCGCAUCGGCCCAACGGGCGCCCUGAAAACUCUUGGCUGUUUAGGGUCGGCCGAGAAAAUCCGGCCGCGCUGCCCCCUCUCCUCUGGUCACCGCCGCCCGUCCCUGCCUCGUCUCUCCCUGCUUUCCCCGGGGAAGGUGAGGGAGGGCGGUGGGGCACAGUUCUGCCUGUUCGGUUUCUCCUCUUACGGGCUCUUCUCCUGGCUUGCCCGGUCCCUUCCCGAGACUCCCUCCCUCUUCGUCGCCUCAGGGGGUCAGGCGUUGUCAGAGAGGUGGCCAGGAAAGGGGUCGGGAAAUACUGGGUCAGAAAACGUUUGAAGGGACAACUCAAAUUGCCUUCCCAUCCAGAGGUUUUCUUCAAAAAUGGAGUGAUCUUGGAGGCUGUGCUUUGCACAAUGGUGUAUGCCUCUCUCGCCUUGUUUUUAAAAAGAAAAAGGUUGAGCAGCGAUCCUGUUUGGUGGCAAGCAAAGCUCCACGAGGGACACCAUCCCAGGUUUCACACUGAUAAUUCAGUAUUUGGCGUAAAACAAGAUGCCUAACCCUAAAGAGACUACUUCAAGUGACUGCAAUGACUCUCAAACCACAGAUUGUAGUUCCAGAAAACCGAGGGAGCAUGAAGAAACCCAGGGUGGAGACAUUCCCAAACUCUGUCCACCUAACAUCCCAUCUUCAAAUUCUCCCCAAAUUCAUUCUAUCUCAGAGCUCAUGGAAACAGCCAAUGAAGUCUCAAAAAUGACAAUAGCCCAUGAAAUUAUUGUCAACCAUGACUUCAAACUGCAAGAAGUGAAUUUAUCACCAAACAGUUUAGAAAGCAGAGUGAAAGAAACAGUGCACAAAGCUUUUUGGGAUAAUCUGAAAGAACAACUCUUCAAAGUACCACCAGACUAUUCUCAUGCUAUCAAGCUACUUCAAGAAAUCAAAGAAACUCUGCUGUCUUUGCUUCUGCCACGGCAAACACGUUUAAAGAGUCAGAUUGAAGAAUCACUAGACAUCGAAUUGAUAAAGCAGGAAGCUGAGCAUGGAGCUUUGGAUAUCCCCAAGCUCACUACAUAUAUCUUAGGCACCAUGGCAAUGCUCUGUGCACCUAUCAGAGAUGAAGAAAUACAAAGUCUGCGAAUCAUGGCAGACCCAGUUCAUUUGCUCAGAGAGAUCUUCCGAGUUCUGAACCUAAUGAAAAUGGAUAUGGUCAACUUUACCAUACAAAGCCUUAGACCCCAUCUCUUGGAGCACUCUGUGCAAUAUGAAAGGAAAAAAUUUCAGGAACUCCUGAACAAACUACCAGACAGUCUAGCUUAUACAACUGACUGGCUACACAAGGCCGUAACCAAAGUAUCAAAUUCUGAUUUGCUUCCUUCUUCAUCCACCUCUGGAACCAAUGGACCAUCUGUUCCCACUUCUCCUAUAUCUGCUGGAAAAGUCUCAUUUAUUCAUAGUCCCACUGCUGUGUUAAAUCAAGCGUAUAUGGAUUUGCUGGACUGGGAGCUUGGAAGAGAACACUAUCCUGAGACUAUGUUGAUGGACAAAGCGCGUUUGCAUGCUCUACAAGUAGAAGUGAAUCAGCUAGUCAUUAUUGCUUCAGUCUUAUUAGUGAGCAGCAAUAUAUGUGGAAAUGAGUUAUUCAGUUCACCAGGAUGUGGCAAUAGGCUGAAAAGAGUAAUAAAAGCUCUUCUGGAAGGUCUCCCUGAUAUAAGAUCAGAAAAUGCCUUAAUGGAUAUCAGCAAUCAAAUACACAUGGAAGUAAAUGCCAUACUUAAUCAGAUGGGUCACCCUGCUCUCAGUACUGAUAAGGCUGCUUCACUCAAAGGCCAGCUUAGGAACCUUGAAGAUAAAAACAAUGCUGUGCGGGUUCUAAUUGAGCAACGGAUCCAGACUUUUCUUAGACACUGUUUGUAUCCUGGUGGCCAAAACGCUAAAAAUCUACUGCAAGGCCUUACUCCUAUUCAGGAAGAACUAUUGGAAAUUGGUCAGAGGUUUGGUAGUUUGAUUCAUCACAAUAGACAGGUAUUUGGUCCAUACUACUCAGAAAUACUGAAGAAAUUGCUGCUUCCAGGGGCAAAGUCUGAAACAGGGAAAGUUUCUUCUUAACAACCUAACGAGGCAGAUCAUGUGACGGCAAGGAGAGGGGAGAUUCAAACUGGCAAUUGUUCAGACAGUACUUUGAUGUAAAAUUCAAUGUGAUCAACAGAGCAGCUGUCUUGCUCUUUGCUGCUGUAUUCCAAACUGGGUCACUGAAGUUGCAAGGUACAGCUAAUAAUACCAAACUGACAAUGCCAAGUUUGCUGCAGUAAACCUUUAAACAGCUCAAAAUGUUGUCCUGUGAUUUUAAACUAGCUAGUACAUGUUAUUUCAAUUGGGAAAAGUAACUUUAAUAUCCCAUUCCUAUGAUUAGAAUGUGUUUUAAUAUUUUCAACAAAACAUCAGUUAAUAUAGAACUGUAGUUUUAAAAUACUCGGUACAGACUAAUAUACCACAACAACCCAUACAGAGAUAUCUAAUUUUAUUAAUUUACUCAGUUCUAACUCAUACAGUUAUGAAAAACAAACAACAAAACGACUGCUGGAAGCUCAGAAAUAUUUACAGUCUCGCCUUGUUGUAGUGAGGUCAGUCUAUGUUGUUGCACAGAUUGGUUAUGUUUGGUACCACAAAAAAAAGAGACAGAAUAAUUUUUAUAUACAGAAAAUAAAAAGGAAAUAGUUCAAGUAUCAAAAUACAAAGACAGAUUAAAUAACAUUUUAUUACAAAUCAGUCCCACUGCCAUACAUCACAAUUAGCAUAAAAGUGUUGAUAUUCAAACUGCCUAUUACGAAGAAUCUGCCUGCCUUCUUCAGAAGCAAGCAUAGCAGAAAAUCCUGCUGAUAGACAUUCAUACUGAUCAUGCAAACAGAGGCAGUGAAGGAGUGAAAUAUCACCCAGCAUUUUUAUUUUCACAGGCAAAGAAGGUAUUGAAAAAAAGAGGUAUCAUUAGAUACCUGUCUGCAAGAACCGCACAGCUCACCACUUGAAGCUGCUUUAGAAUUCUUUCCCAAAGAAGGCUGGGCAGAUUGUCAUGUACCUCAAAUUCAGGAUUUCUCUCACAAGCUAAGAAAGUCUAAAGGCCAGUGUGAGCUGAUACUAGUGUGUAAAUAUAUAAAACAAAAAACAAAAAAUCCUACAGGAGUUUUGAUUUUCAUAAACGGAUUUUCCAUUCAAAAGAUAAGCAGUAGCUCAUCCAUCAGAGCAGUUAUAAAGUGUUCUCAUCUUGGACUCAAAUGAAGUAAAAAUAAGCCUAUAAUUUUAGAUUAUCCUUUUUGAAAAGGCGUUCUAGCAAAAGCAGCACAGGGAGAUGUUAUUUCAGCACAAAUGACUGCUUACAAUAAGUGUCGUAUUUUAAAAGUCCAAUAAACAGAUUAAGUGCUAACUAUAGAUGGUAUUCUCCUCUGUGUGCUGCAAAACAUCACAGAGAGGCAAAAGUCUCAAAUACUUUGGAGUCUAGACACAGCUAAAAUCAUAGGAAAACUCAAGUCCAAAAUGGCUUGAAUUGCCUUCUUAAAAGGAAUGCUUAAUCAGGAGAUGCACCCAUGGAUAUUGCUAUGUCCAUGUAAACUCAGAAGGGAAGCACCAAAUUACUGGAAGAAGCAAGUUGGAAACUUUCAUCAUUUUUGUCAAUAUGUUCUAAGGCUAACUAUCCUAUCCUCCUUAGCAAAAAUGCAAUUUGCAUUCUUUAAGAACAGACUUACUGGUACAGUAAUAUUUAUACCAAUGCCAGCAUAUCAUUUACAUAUGCAUAUAAAGGAAUGUUGUGUUUCAAGAAAUUCAUCUGUGAAUUAUUCCCAAAUCCAACUAUUUGGGAUAAGGAUACCUUUUUCUCCUAUUUUUUAACCAAAUAGAGUAAGACUAAAUUACAUCUUAAUGAUACAGCAGUAACAAAAAUUGAAGAAAAUCAUUGACACAAUGACAGGGUAUAGCAAACUAUCAUAUCCACCAAAGCAUUAUUUGCACUUCCUCAUCUUUUUCUUGGAUAGGAUAGAGAUACUUAUUUAUCACAGUCAGAACUGAAGCCAGCGUUCAAGAUUGUGAAUAUUUAAAAUAACUCAUUUUCUAGUUCAGCUUCUACCUGAAGCAGUAAUUGUUGAAUUAAGUGGAAUUAAGUAAAUAAAUUGUUUUAGCAUAAUGCCCAAGAUCUCCACUUUUUUAUACUCUGUAAUCAUUAUAUAAGAUACUUAAAUUAUGAACUUAAAUGAGCAUUUUUAAAUUAUCAACUAGUAUAAAAGUGCUAAUCAGUGAAUAAUCAUCUAAAAAAUCUCAAACCACAGAGUACAAUCCAACCACAUUUAAAAAAAUAGAUAACUUGAUUGAGAUGCAAGAAAUCACAGUCCAGUUAUUAUAAAUUGUGUGGAGGGAAAAAUACUUUCACAAAACAGCUGUAUUGCAGUGAUACAGUUAAGUAGGCUUACUUAUACCUGGCUUCUAGUUAGUUCAAGAACUGUCAAGAAUUUAAAUUUCUCUGAUUUUUUAAAGUUAGAUACUCUUUUAAAUUAUUACUGUAAAUAUUAAGAAUGAACAAUUUUCAGCCCUGGUGCUAGUACCUCAAAAUAAAUUUAAUAUUGCAUCAAGUUGGGAAUUUGCCUAUUGCUAUUCCAAGCCAAGUAUGAAUAUAUGAUUUAAUAUUCAUAUAUUGUAAAGCUAUAUUAUAAGACAGGCAUAUUCAUGUUUUGUUUUAGCAGUUAUUGUUGUUCAAUUCCAUCAAUGCUAUGCUGAAAUUGAGGAUUUCACAAUAUAAAGGAAACAAAA